AUGCCUUUGAAGGUGUGUUUUCCGAAAGAAGGGCUUGGAAAGGUGGAAGCUGACUGUUUAGGCCCCGAGAAACUCCUGGAGGUCUGGUUCGCUGCCUCUCCCAAGGACCUAGGCCCGUCGAACGCGCAAGGUUUGAAGGCCGUUUCGGAGGAUGUCUGGAAGGAUAUGCUAGAUAUCGUCAACUGCCAGGUGCUCUCAAUUGUCUCGUCCGAAGAUGUGGACGCCUAUCUCCUCUCCGAGUCCAGCAUGUUCGUCUGGCCACACAAGUUGAUCCUCAAGACUUGCGGCACGACCACUCUCCUCUCUGGUCUGCCUCGGAUUCUCGAAAUUGCGGCCAUGUACGGCGGCUUCCCCAAGUCUACUGCUCCCCCGUCGCGCGGAAUCACCAUUGCAGCUGCUCCCUACCGGGUGUUUUACAGCCGCAAGAACUUCCUGUUCCCCGACCGCCAACGCGGGCCUCACCGAAGCUGGAGAGACGAAGUUCGCUCCAUGGACAAGCUGUUCCUUAACGGCAGCGCCUACAUGAUUGGCAAGAUGAACGGCGAGCACUGGUACCUGUACCUUACUGAGCCGAACACUCUGCUCACUCCUCCUGCCACACCAACUGCGGAGUCCGACGAUGAAGGCACCGAGACCAAGUUUAUCCAGCUUCCAGACCGCUCCGACCUGAAGAUGAGCGCUGAUGACUCUUCCGAUGAGACCCUAGAAGUGUUGAUGACAGACUUGGACGAGGAGAAUGCCAAGCAGUUCUACCUCGACCACGCUACCGCUGUUGCCGAGAAGCGGUACAGCAACUUUGAUGCCCACAAGGACGAGCACGUUGACGUGUUCAGCAACGGCUCCGACCUCGAAGUUGACGAUGUGUCGUCCAGCCAAGACAGCGGGAUCUUACCCGCCGAACUCACCACAGAAGGCCACGCUCUUGGUACUGUGGUGUCCGAGUCCUGCGGCCUGUCGGACGUCUAUCCCAAGGACAAGUUCCCCGAGUCGCGCAUUGACGCCUACCUGUUUACCCCUUGCGGCUUCUCUGCCAACGGCGUGAUUCCAGCUCCUACCGGUACCAGCGGAGGCACUCACUACUUUACCGUCCACGUAACGCCAGAGCCUCACUGCUCGUAUGCCUCGUUUGAGACGAACGUGCCGCACUCGCAGAACGGCCAGACCAGUGCCGGCAUCAUCCAGCAGGUGGUGAACAUUUUCAAGCCCGGCCGUUUCACCGUGACUGUGUUUGAAGCCAAGCCCGGAUUGGACGGCGACUGGGACAGCGCGAAGGAAGCGCGGUACAUUGAACGGCAAGCUGCCCGACGCAUUCCCAAGGGCGAGAGCGUGGAGGGAUACAAACGUGUUGAUCGGAUUGUGCAUGACCUCGACGGAUAUGACCUGGUGUUCCGUUACUAUGAACGCCUGGACUGGAAGGGGGGGGCCCCUCGGCUCGGCGAAGAGCGCGUUUGA